ACAAAGUCUACACAUUAUAUUGUUUGGUUGUAGAGAAAGAGAUGGAAGAAGAGGCUGAUAUAAUUGGGAAGGCGUUUGUGGAACAUUAUUACCAAUUGUUUGAUAAUGAAAGAGCAUCGCUUUCCUCUUUGUACCAACCCGACUCCAUGCUCACUUUUGAGGGUCAGCAAAUUUUAGGUGUUGAUGACAUCUCCUCAAAGCUUCAACAAUUGCCAUUUGAACGUUCUCGACAUAUCGUCAGCACCAUCGAUACGCAGCCCUCCUCCGUCCUCGGCUCCUUCCUCAUCUUCGUCAGCGGUAGCCUCGAGCUGCCCGAAGAAGAACACCAACUCAGAUUCAGCCAGAUGUUUCACUUAGUUCCUUCGCCACAGGGCAAUCUUUUCGUUCAGAACGAAAUUUUUCGCCUCAAUUACGGUUAGUUCGUUCAGGCUUCAGGGCUUCUUCCUGCCUACAUUUCAACACAUAAAAACGCUGUCGUUUCAAUGGAUGUGAUUUGAUUUGUAUUCUGCUUCUAUUCUAAAUAUACGAAAUUUCUGAUUUGUUUUUCCGUUGUUAUAAUAAUAUAUGUCGAUGUUCUGUUUCGAUCUCUUUUCUUUCAUUUUUGGGCUUGGGAUUUCGGCCCAAUAUCUCGACUUAAACAGGCCCCUGGUCGUAAAUGGGCUAGCUUUAUCAAAUUUAAUAAUAUUUUUUUGUCACUGCCGAAUGAA